UGUACUAAAAUUACAAAAUUAGCAGCCAAACAAAAAAAAAUCGAACGUUCACCAUUCAAUUUGUCUUUCGAUAUCUCCGGUUAUGAAAUGAAACACCUUAAAAUCCGCACAUAUGAUUUAAUCUUCACCAUAAGAUAGAUACGCCUAGUAUACAGGUGAUUAUUGAUAUAGUUUUAUCAGCUCUAUGAUUGGUGUGUGCCUUGAUGGAGCUGUUUGAUUCUCAAUUGAUAACUUUUUUGAGUGUUUAGAAAUCAAUCUUGGCCACCGGUUACGAAGGAAUUAAAAGAUACUAAUCGAGGAGAAUAUAGUAGUGUGCGGUACUCCUUCACAAAGUUCAAAUGGAAGCACGUCCCGCGGUGUCUGUUCAAAGUGUGGUUGCAAGUCAACUCAGUAAUUGUGGUGCAUCACUUUCUUCUUCUUUGCCUAUGUAUCCAACAUCCCUAGGAGAGAAGUACCCUAAGUUUCCAGACUUGCAGCAGGCUUCGACGGAGAAGGAACUCAAGCAAUAUCCUGGAACUGUUGUCUCUUCUUUGCCUUCCAGCAGUGGAGCUGUUGGUCUUAUGUUCUCAUCAUCAUCAGGAUUUUCCGCGGAUCUUCAUUUCUCAUCUGUUCCACCCCAGGAAAAGCAUUCAGGACCUGCACCUUUCAAUUCUCAGUCAACAAAUAGUGAGACAUCAAUCCAAUUACCUCAUUCGGGAGUUCUUCAAUCCACAGCAUCAAGCCAAUAUUUGAUUGAAAACAAUGAACCCUGGUGUAUAGAUCCAUUGCCUAAUUUCCUUGAUCCAUUCCCUGUCCAGAAUAGCCAGGUAGCUUGUAGCAAUAAACAAAGUGAUUGGCAGGAAUGGGCCGACCUUGUAAUCAAUGAUGAAGAUGCUCUGGCUUCUAAUUGGAAUGACAUUAUGGCUGAUACAAGCAUUGCCGACUCAGAGCCGAAGAUGCAAUAUCAGGAGGAAAAACAACCUUUAAAUUUCCCAAUGCAGCAAGUCCAAGCAUCACAGCAAAUCCCAGCUGUGUCUGUAGAAACUUCGGUUAUUGCUCCUUCAUCAUCCGCUGCAAGUGGUGCUGCAACAAAGCAACGCAUGCGUUGGACACCAGAACUUCAUGAAGCCUUUGUGGAAGCAGUCAACAAGCUUGGUGGAAGUGAAAGAGCUACUCCCAAAGGGGUGCUAAAAUUGAUGAAAGUUGAAGGUUUGACCAUCUAUCACGUAAAAAGCCAUUUGCAGAAAUAUCGAACAGCUAGAUAUAAACCAGAAGCAUCAGAUGGAGGGUCUUCAGAGCAGAAACAAUCUUCAAUUGAUGAUUUGUCAUCUCUGGACUUAAAAACGGGAAUUGAGAUCACCGAAGCAUUGCGAUUGCAGAUGGAAGUUCAGAAGCGUCUCCAUGAACAGCUUGAGAUUCAAAGAAAUCUGCAGCUGCGUAUAGAAGAACAAGGGCGAUACCUCCAGCAGAUGUUUGAGAAGCAGUGCAAGUCAAUGCCUGGCGUGGACUUGGCUAAAGGCUCAUCAUCCACGGCAGAUGAUGCCUUUGCACAGUUGUCAGAUGGAGUUCAAAAUUCGUCUGGCAAAAAUGAUCCUGGAGUGUCACAGAUUGAUACUGCUAAAGAGGUUGAUGAGAAACGGAAAGGGCGAGAAAGAGAAGUUCCUGGAGAUCCUGAAACAAAUAUAACCAGCACAUCUGAUUCACCACCUUCAAAGCGCUCUAAAUUGGAUGAAUAAGCAUUCGUAGGUUAAAAAAAAAACCUUUGUUAGGAUAGUUAUUUUGAUGAUUGGAACAUCAAAUCCUUGAGUAGAACGGUGUUGGCUCGUGAAGGAGCUAAAGAUACCAUGGUAUUCUUUUCAUAAACAAUAUCCCUAGAGGCCAUGGCUUGUCCUCUCAUUUGACAAAGAACAUAAAGAAAUAUCGAACCUUGAUGUUAAGAUUUGUCAAUAUGUGGCAUUCCGGAGUAACCUUGCUGAUGUCUAAUUCUUGUUCAGUAAGGUUUGAGGUACCGAGAUUCCCCUGUAAUUUGAAAUUGUAGGAUGUCUGAACAUGAGUUGUUCGGUUAAAGUCUAUGUAUCAGUCAGAGAAGUAGUUCUUAUUGCUUGGAUUCUCACCAGUUGCAUUAUGUAAAUGUAAUCUUUGCUAAA